AAAAAAAAAAAAAAAGAAAUAAUAAAUAUAAAAUAGAAAAAAUGUCAUCUGCACCACAAUCCAUGCUGAAUCAGAGCUUGUUUGAUGAUCAAGCUGCUGGUGAUUUGCUAAUGCCAUCACAAAUUGGGAAUUUUUUCCCUUUUCACAGCUCAGCUUAUAAUAACCACAACAUCUCAGCCCUUAAUCCUUUACUGAAUUGCGGCCAGCCGUCGAUUAAAACCCUAGCGCCUCCUUUCUCCUUCUCGGCAGAUUCGCCACUCACCCUUAAUUCCGACCAGUCUGUUAUCACGACCAAUCAAAAGGAGGGUUUAACGAUGGGUGGGCCCCACAUUCUUUCUCUUCAUAGAUCGCCUUCAAAUUACUGGGCAUGGGCAGAAUAUAGCGAGUGCAUGAGCAUGAAGAAAAACGAACAUUUAGCGGUAUCGGCCGUGAAGAUGAAGAAAAUUAAGACAAGGAAAAAGGUUAGAGAGCCGAGAUUUUGCUUUAAGACGAUGAGUGACGUGGAUGUUCUUGACGAUGGUUAUAAAUGGAGAAAAUAUGGGCAGAAAGUGGUUAAGGACACACAACAUCCCAGGAGUUACUAUCGUUGCACGCAAGAAAAUUGUCGUGUCAAAAAACGGGUCGAACGACUGGCAGACGACCCGAGAAUGGUGAUAACGACAUAUGAAGGAAGGCAUAUACACUCUCCAUCACAUGAUAACGAGGAGGACUCUCAAGCUUCAAGCCAACUUAAUAAUUUCUUUUGGUAGAGAUUGUAUACAUAUAUAUACAUAGUAAAAUUCUGAUUUGGAUUUUGUGAUUGACUUAUUGUGUUUUUCUUUAUACUGAUAAGCAAAAUGUGUAAUAAUAAUAAUAAGCCCUAACUAGAGUUAAUUUCACGUCAUCGUACAACUUUUUGUUAUACGUAAUUCGUGCGCGCGUGUUUUUUGGUUUCUUUUAAUUUUCUGUGCCCUUGUUUGGCUGGGCCGAGAGGCAUUUAACAUUACUUUGUAUCGUACUUAAUUGUCCAAUUCUC